CUAUCACUCACAAAAUGAAAGAGCCGCUGCUACCAUAUCAGUCCACGAGACGCUUGUCGCAGACUAGAGCAAAUCUGUCAGCGCGUCGAUCGUUGUGUAUUUUUCUUUGCGCAGUGCUGUUCACAUGGAAUCUAAUGUCGUUUCAAACCUAUGGCUCAAAUAUACUACACACAAAGAAAGAACACUUUCGAAGAUGCUCGAUCAAUACCUAUCUUGCCACAGGCCUCGGGUUUCUAGAAACGGCCAAUCGACCAACUUUAGAGGACUACAUACUUCGACGCAAUAAUCUCGCCAAAGCUCUUCUAGUGGAAGGCGUUGAUGCCUUCGUCGUGGAACCUGGCUACACGUUCAGCUACUAUGCAAAUGUCACGCAGCCAGGAUGGGAACCGUGGGAACCAGAAGAGCGACCAUUUCUUAUGAUAAUCAGACCAGAGACGCUCUCGGAUGGCAAGAUAGUCGCCAACACGUCAUUUCUGGUUCCGCAUUUCGAAGAGACGCGCGCUCGGCUACUCAAUAUGCCGUUCGAGGAAGACCUGCACACUGUCACAUACGAGGAGCACUGGAAUUACUACACCACGCUCUACCUAUCUGAGAUAUGGGGCGACACCCUCUCACCGACUGUCAUGGUCGAUGAAGAGUUGCGCGACUUCAUUCAGCGUGGUCUAGCCUCCAAUGGCUUCACGGUCACUGGUCUUGCUGGGGAGGCCGAAGUUGUGCGACAAGUCAAGAGUGGGCGUGAGAUUGGGAUUCUCAAGGCAGUCAACACCGGCACCGUGGAGGCUAUCCGUGCCAUGAGACAGUGUCUAUACCCAUACGUCACAGAGAAAGAAGUUGCAGAAGUACUAGACGAUACGAUGAGAGCAGCCGGCCUGGAGCCGUUUUUCAACAUUGUAGAGUUUGGCAAGUCAGCAGCUUUACCGCAUGGCGGCUACGACGGGACUAGGAAGCUUGAGCCGGAAAUGUUCGUGCUCAUAGACGUCGGCGCGCAUUUGUACGGUUACUCGAGUGAUGUUUGCCGCACCUUUUUUCCUCCGUUCACGCCGAACCCACCUCACAACAUGACCGAACAAUUGGACGUAUGGCAGCUUGUGCUUGAUGCCCAAACUGCUGCCGUGAAAGCCAUGGUACCAAAUGGCACAGCGGCAGCAGUGGAUAUAGCGGCACGCGAAGUUAUCGAAGCUGCUGGGUAUGGGAAGUACUUCACUCAUCGGCUGGGCCACAGCAUUGGCAUCAAGGCGCACGAUAGCCCAUACCUCAACAAAGCCAACUUCGGGGCACUUUUGCGCCCGGGAAUGGUUUUCACAGCCGAGCCAGGGGUAUACGUAGUGGAUAAGUUUGGCGUCCGACAUGAGGAUAUUCUGGUGGUGAGGGAAGAUGGAGAAGCAGAAAUCAUUAGUGGAGGGUUCGCGAAGAGUCCCUGGGAUCCUUGAAGCGGGAAGUCAUAUAACGAUCUCUAGAGCUACUGCACCUACAGUCAUCACGUGUGAGCUCAUACGAGCUUAGACGCGCAACGAAGGGUUGUACCUCCCGCUGCUGCAUCUAGCUGGGACAGGGAUCAGUGGGCAAAGGCCAUAGUCAUUUUGAGAGGGA